AGGGCGAAGGAGGGGGCUGCAAAGACGCAGCUGCAGCAAGAGCUUCCCGGGAGGCCUACUCAGAAAAAGAAGCCUUUCCUCUUCACAGCCAACUGAACAAAGGCAUCUUUCCACAGACGGAGGUGACUCAGUAGAAGGGGCAGGAGAUGGAGGAGCAGGACCCAGAAGGAGCUGGGACUGGCAAGGCAUCAAGCAAAGGACCCCUUCCCCUCCAAGCUGGGAGUGGGGUUGAAUUCUGGGAAAGGGCUGGGCCAGAGACCCUGGCUGAGGGCACCAUGACUUCAGAAGUGCAUUGCCAGCGUUUCUGGGAGUUCCGCUACCAUGAGGCCGAUGGGCCCCGAGAGGUUUGCAGCCAGCUCCAUGGACUUUGCAGCCAGUGGCUGGAGCCGGAGAGGCACACCAAGAAGCAGAUCGUGGACCUGGUGAUCCUGGAGCAGUUCCUGACUCUCCUGCCCCAGGAAAUGCAGGGCUGGGUCAGAGGAUGUGGGCCGGAGACCAGUUCCCAGGCGGUGGCCCUGGCCGAAGGUUUCCUCCUGAGCCAGGCAGAGGAGAAGAGGCAGGCAGGACAGAUUUGGGCUUCAUCCGCGAAGAAAGAAGCUAUGUUCCCUGAGACGGAAGGAGAUUCCUUGGAGCAAGGGCAGAGGGCUCAGGCUAUGGAGUGUGCCCAAGAUGCCCUCUCCUGUGGAACAGGCUGUGGAGAGAUGCUGUUGAGCCGUUGUCUUUUCAGAGGUGUGGAAGCGGCUGCUGAACCUCCAGCCCAGGGCCCCUUUUCCUUGGAGGAGGUGUCCGUCUCUUUCUCUGAGGCUGAGUGGGCCCUGCUGGAUCCGGGACAAAGAGCUCUCUACCGGGAAGUCAUGCUGGAGAACUAUGGGAACGUGGCCUCUCUGGCAGAGGAUGGUCAGAGGAAUGAGGAACUUCAUCAGCAAUUGCCAGACAGAGUUAAUAAUGAAGACAUAAGAGGAAACAUCAGGAAUAAAAGUAUACCUAAGAGAAAGAAAGACAGCUGUUGGGUUAAGGAGAAUAAUGGAAGAAAGCGUAACAUACAUUUUCCAAAGCACAAUCGGCAUCAGCGAACCCACACAGGUGAGAAACCAUUUGAAUGCUCAGAGUGUGGAAAGAGAUUCAGUAGCAAUGGCCAACUUCAACAGCAUCAGCGAACCCACACAGGUGAGAAACCAUUUGAAUGCUCAGAGUGUGGAAAGAGAUUCAGUAGCAAUAGCCAUCUUCAACGGCAUCAGCGAACCCACACAGGUGAGAAACCAUUUGAAUGCUCAGAGUGUGGAAAGAGAUUCAGUAGCAAUGGCCAACUUCAACAGCAUCAGCAAACCCACACAGGUGAGAAACCAUUUGAAUGCUCAGAGUGUGGAAAGAGAUUCAGUAGCAAUGCCCAACUUCAACGGCAUCAGCGAACCCACACAGGUGAGAAACCAUUUGAAUGCUCAGAGUGUGGAAUGAGAUUCAGUCAGAGUGGCAAUCUUCAACAGCAUCAGCGAACCCACACAGGUGAGAAACCAUUUGAAUGCUCAGAGUGUGGAAAGAGAUUCAGUCAGAGUGGCAGUCUUCAGUAUCAUCAAAGAACCCACACAGGGGAGAAACCUUUUGAAUGCUCAGAGUGUGGAAAGAGAUUCCGUCAGAGUUGCAGUCUUCAGUAUCAUCAAAGAACCCACACAGGGGAGAAACUUUUUGAAUGCUCAGAGUGUGGAAAGAGAUUCUGUCAGAGUGGCCAACUUAAAAAGCAUCAAAGAUCCCACACAGGUGUGAAACCUUUUGAAUGCUCAGAAUGUGGAAAGAGAUUCAGUCACAGUGGCCAUCUUCACCAACAUCAGAUAACCCACAGAGGCAAGAAACUUUUUGCAUGCUCAGAGUGUGGAAAGAGAUACAGUCGGAAUGAUAGUCUUCAUUGGCAUCAGAGAACCCACACAGGUGAGAAACCUUUUGAAUGCUUAGAGUGUGGAAUGAGAUUCAAUCGGAGUGGUAGUCUUCAACAGCAUCAAAGAUCCCACACAGGUGAGAAACCUUUUGAAUGCUUAGAGUGUGGGAAAAGAUUCAGUCGGAGUGGUAGUCUUCAACAGCAUCAAAGAUCCCACACAGGUGAGAAACCUUUUGAAUGCUUAGAGUGUGGAAAGAGAUUCAGUCACAGUUCCAGUCUUCAAGAGCAUCAUAGAACCCACACAGGGGAAAAACCUUUUGAAUGUUCAGAGUGUGGGAAGAGAUUCAGUAAGAGUCGCAAACUUCAAGAGCAUCAUAGAACCCACACAGGGGAAAAACCUUUUGAAUGCUUAGAGUGUGGAAAGAGAUUCAGUCGGAGUGGCGGACUUCAAGAGCAUCAUAGAACCCACACAGGGGAAAAACCUUUUGAAUGUUCAGAGUGUGGGAAGAGAUUCAGUAAGAGUCGCAAACUUCAAGAGCAUCAUAGAACCCACACAGGGGAAAAACCUUUU